AUGCCAAGCGUGUCAACCCUGCUGACCAACACGUCUCUGGUGAUCCUUCAGAGUCACGUCAGCUUCAGUUACCCUCGACCCCAUGUGCCCAACGUGAUUGAGACUGGAGGAAUGCAUAUCCAACAACCACAGGCGCUACCAAAGGAUCUGAAGAAACUUAUGGACGCCGCAGAGGACGGAAUCAUAUUUUUCAGUAUGGGUUCUGCCGUAAAGAGCGCAGAUUUUCCAGAGGAGAAAAUCCAGGCCUUUAUAAGUGCGUUCUCCAGGCUGAAACUACUGGUCCUCUGGAAGUGGGAGAACGACACGAUGCCUGGAAAACCAUCGAAUGUGCAUCUGAGCAAAUGGUUUCCGCAGUCUGAUUUGUUAGCCCACAAGAACCUGAGACUGUUCAUGUCUCACGGAGGACUGCAGAGCACUCUGGAAGCGACAGCUCGGGGAGUUCCGCUGAUCGGGAUGCCAGUAAUGGCUGAGCAACGUUACAAUGUCCAGAGGGUCGUCAAGCACGGUUACGGGAUCAGACUGGAUCUCACCAACGUAACUGCCCAGUCUGUGGAGUGGGCUGUUUACGAAGUUUUAAAUAACCCAGAGUACCGCGAGAAGGCGGAGCUGCUGUCCCGCCUGUUCUGGGACCGUCCAGAGAGCCCUGUGGAGACGGCCGUCUACUGGACGGAGUACGUGCUGAGGCACCGGGGCGCCCCCCACCUGCGCAGCGCCGCCCUCCACCUCAGCUGGUACCAGUACCUCCUGCUGGACGUCGCUGCCCUGCUGCUGUCUGGAGCGCUCCUAGUGCUUAUAGUCGCUGUCGUGGCUCUCAGGACACUCUACAGGCUAACCACAGCAAGAACUUCUGCAUCACACGAACAGAAGAAAAAGAAAACAACGAAGAAAGAAUGA